UCAUACUUUCUGUUAUAUGUCAAAGAUUGCAAUGACUUCUAUGAUUGUGUCAUAAAUUGUUUGAAUGCAGGUCAUUCCAUUGAUGUGGUGUUAAAUGGAGAGGAAAACUCAAGUGGCAUACACAGCAGUUCUCCUUCAUAUAAGAGCUCGUUUGAUACAGUGGCAAUUUAAUCUUGCUGUGUGUGAUUUUGAAGAUGCCAUAAUUAACUCUGUAGAAGCUGUAUUUGGAGUUGAGGUUCAAAGCUGUUAUUUUCAUUAUGUGAAUAACUUAGGAUCCUGGGCACGAUCAAAUUUGACUGUUUAUGUCCUUACUCAGUACCCUCAGUUGAUCGAUGUUAUCCGACACUGUUGUGCUCUCCCAUUGCUUCCUCAACAUCUUCUGCAGCGUGGUAUGAAUGUGAUUGGGAGGGAAGCCAUGGCCCUGGGACCUUUCUUAUACCACACAGUACGGCCAUUCCUUCAGUAUGUGCAAAGUGACUGGAUUUGGCAUGUUAACAGAGGUCGAACCUUGUCUGUGUGUGGAAGUGACAAUCGUACCAACAAUGCCAGUGAGAGUAACAAUCAUCGUAUGAAUCUUCGCCUGAAAGUGCAUCAUCCUAAUGUCUACCACCUCAUUCGAUCUUUUGUGGAAUUUGAGGAUACAACUAUCGAUGACACAAUGAGCCUAGAAAUAGGUAUAAUUCCCACAAGGCACCGAGCCUCUUCAUCAAUAACCAAUGAUGACAACAUCCGCAGGCUUACUGCAGUAUUUCUCCGGGACCCCAAUCCUUCUGAUGAACUUAUCGCUGAGUUUUUACAUGCUGCUGCUUUCUCAAUGGAAAAUGUGGCAUAUGAUGCUAUGGGGUUUCCAAGACAAAGGAACAAUGUUGAUUUUCCUGUCUAGAAUCUAUGUUAUCAAGAUGUUGCUGAUGACUAAAACAAUGAAUAUUAAGAAUUGUAAUUUAAUUUGAAGACAUAAUUUGGCAUUGUAAGAAGUGUCUGACUUCUGUGGGAAGGGACUUAAAGUGUUCGAACUCUCUGCUUCUUUUUGGCCAUUGAGCCUGAUUUUUGUUUUUGUCUUUCCGUUUUUGGGGGGAAGGAAGAGGGAACAAGGCAACUUAAAAUUGUAUUUUAGUGCUAUAUUCUUAUUGUUUACUCAUGAACUUCAAAUUAACUGUUGUCCAGACAACUAUGCCAUUGUAAAUCUGUCAUCAAUAAAUACAAACAAGAAAUGGUUCCAUGUACAAUUGUCUUUU